AUCAAUAAAGUAUCUAUCUAUCUAUCUCUAUCUAUCAUCCUCCCUCCCUCUCUCUCCCCUUCUCUCACCCCUAUGCUGUAAUUCUCAAUCUUUCCAGUAAGAGUCAACACUGGAUCAUUGCCCAGGGCAGGAUUGUCAUUGAAAUCCAAACAGAUGCUACCUUGAGAGCACGGCUCUGAGUGGUCGGCCUGUUUAUCAGGCAGCUGUGCUGGGAGUAAACAGCCAGCAGGCCUCCUUUCGCUAUGUGAGGGGAAAAAAUGGUCAACACUGGCUACUUCAGGGGGAAGUUGCAAUGAAAACACUGCAUCCAAAUCACCCCCACAAACACCACAGCGGAUGUGUUGUACAGAGGCACACCUAAUGUAAACGCAUGCAUGCCUGUUUACAGAAUGCAAAACCUGACAAGCGAGCCAGAGAGAGGGAGCGGAUGAGGGAGAAUAAGGAAAAGAGACAGAGACAGUAAGAAAGAAAGGAAGGAAGGAAGGAAUGAAAGAAGGAAUGAGGAAAGAGAUUGAAUGAGAGCAGAGAUAGAUUGAUUGCAGAGGUGGAGCUCUGUGCGGGUUCACAGGGUGACAGAAGAGUGAGGAAGAGAAAGGGUGGAGUGAGAGAGAGAGUGUGGAGGGGGUGGACGACACACUGGUGAGCCCUGGCCGAUCUGCAGGAGCUGCCUGUGGUGGUUUUCUGGAAGAGUGCAUCUGUGUCACCUACUUUUUGCCCCCGGGAGAGGCCUGCUCCUCCGAUUGACGGCAGAAGCGGGGGCUGUGGAUACUGACCAUCGAUGCCAAAGAUGAGAGACAAUGACUUGUCCAAUGGGGGGCUGGAGAGCCAAGUGGAUGAAGAGGGGAGGGGGGAGGAGGAGGAGAAGAAGACCACGCCCUUGAACCCCUCCAGCCAAUCCCUCUUCUCCCCACAGCUUAAGGCCAUGAUGCGGAUACGGAACAAGUACCAAGCCCUGAAGAAGCGGCGCAUCAGCUCCAACAGCGCCGCGGCAGCGACCCCCAGGGCCAACAUGCCCGAGGUCUUUACCUUUGAGCAGCUGACGGAGCAGAAGAAGAGGAGGAGGAAGUCCCGCGUGCUUUUCCCCAGCGACAGCCGCAAGUUCCUGCCCAAAGAGAAGGAGAGGAGUCGUGCGAAGCCCUUCUUAAUCCUCUUCAGCAUCAUCGUCUUCCUCCAGGUUUACAAUGCCAUUGAGAACCUAGAUGACCAUGUGGUGAAGUAUGACCUGGAGGGCUUGGAGAAGACCUUGGGGAGGGAGGUGUUUGGCCAGAAGCGAGGUGUGGAGACUCUGAUGGAGCACCUGCGAGAUUACCUGUCCACUUACUCCCACAAGCGGCCACUGGCGCUGUCUGUCCACGGGCCCAGCGGCGUGGGCAAGAGCCACCUGGGCCGCCUGCUGACGCGCCACUUCCGCUCGGUGGUGGGCGACCAGCUGGUGGUGCAGUACUUCGCCCUACACAACUGCCCGCCGUCGGAGAGCCCCGGGCGGUGUGCGGUGGAGCUGACGGCCCGCGUGGCGCAGGUGGUGGCCCGCGCCGAGGCGGACGAGCGCAUUCCCGUGGUGGUGCUGGACGAGGCGCACGCCAUGCGGCCGCCCGUGCUGAACGCCCUGCUGGAGCUGCUGCGGCCCGACCAGAGCAACGAGUUCCUCAACAUCGUCUACGUGCUCCUCGGCAGCCUGGGCCACGAGGAGAUCAUCCGCCACGUCCUCCAGAACUCUUCCUCCUCCUCAUCCUCCAGCUUCUGGAAGAGCCAGGAGGACGACAUGGAGGACGUGAUCCGGAGCAGUCUGGCCGAGCAGCACCCGCUCUGGGCAGAGGUGGACGUGGUGGCCCUGACACUGCUGGAGAAGAGCCACGUGGUGGAGUGCUUCCUGGAGGAGAUGACGCGCGAGGGCUUCUACCCUGACCUCGGGCACGUGGAUCAGCUGGCAGGGGAACUUUCCUACUACUCUGCCGGGGGACGACAGUACUCACAAAAUGGCUGCAAGCAGGUGGUUGCCAAGGUGAACCUUCUUUGAGUGCAGCCAUUUUAGCAUGGGUGUGAGUGUGUGUGUGUGUGUGUGUGUAAGUGUGUGUCUCUGCCUGUGUGUCCAGAUGUACCUCAAUGUUAAUGACAGUCUUUUUAAUUCAAAUGAAGAGCUCAUGACACCAAUUAUAUAAUGGCUAUUGACAUUCUGUUUUUGACAGUUUUUUUUUUUUUAAUUCACAAAUGUGUUAUUGUUAUUAAACAUAGCAACUGAA